AUUCACUCUCCCAAACACCAAAAUCCCUCCAAAUCUCCAAAGCCCAUCCCUUAAACACUCAAAUACCGUUAAAUCCUUGCCUACCCAACACAAAACCUCAAGCUUUUCACUUCAAUUUGUGUCGGAUCUGCUGUAUUUUUGGUGUGGCUGUUGGGAUUUCUCUCUCAUGGCUUCAAGAAGGGCUAGAAGUAAAAGGAAACAAGUGGGUAGUUCUAGCACCGGUGGUCAAGCUCAAGAAGAAGGUAACAUCUCCCAAUCAAAUCUCUUUUUGGAUAUCCAAGCUUCUACAAAGUAUGAAAUUAUCAAGAAUAUGGCUGUUUUAUCUUGCAAUUUUGUAAAAUUCAAUCAAUUUCUUCAAGGAGAUAUGCAUGUUGAACAAAUUUUUAGGGAACUUAGGUGGAAGGAUUAUGUAGAAAUUAACGAGCCUGUGUACUAUGAAGUUGUUCAUCAAUUUUAUGCUAAUUUGAAACCAAGAGGGAAUAAAUGCAAAACCAUGGUUUUGGUGUACUAUGAAGUUGUUCAUCAAUUUUAUGCUAAUCUGAAACCAAGAGGGAAUAAAUGCAAAACCAUAGUUGACCCCUUUCUCUGAGCUAUAAUGCGAGAUAUAAUCCACUGUAGUGCUCUAUUUUCUGGUGUAAGGGAUCCCACUUUAAUUUGAUUUUCAGUGCAAUUGGGGGCAAUUUUGGCUCUAACUAAGGCAUGAUUUACAUCUUGAAACUCAUCAUCUCCUCCUUUAGGUAUAUCUAAUACAGCACAAAUAUCCCUUGGUGAAAACUAAAAUGACACCCCAGCAACUAUGGUUUUGCAUUUAUUCCCUCUUGGUUUCAGAUUAGCAUAAAAUUGAUGAACAACUUCAUAGUACACAGGCUUUUUAAUUUCUACAUAAUCCUUCCACCCAAGUUCCCUAAAAAUUUGUUCAACAUGCAUAUCUCCUUGAGGAAAUUGACUGAAUUUUACACAAUUGCAAGAUAAAACAGCCAUAUUCUUGAUAAUUUCAUACUUUGCAGAAGCUUGGGUAUCCAAAAAGAGAUUUGAUUGGGAGAUGUUGCCUUCUUCUUUAGCUUGACCAUCGGUGUUAGAACUACCCACUUGUUAACCAUUUUUUUCCUUCACCCCCCACCUAGUGCCACCUAACUUGAUAUUUCUUUAGUUUGGCUAAUCUUUAGGAUGGACAUCUUAGGGUGAUGCAUUUUAUGUUUUUAUUUGACUAUGGAUAUUUCUUGAACCUUUUUAUCUUGUUUUAUGAAUGGAAAUGGCAUCACUUGUGUUAUCAUGCUUUGUGAAUGGUUGUUUAUGAUAUUGAUGAUUAUAUGCUCUUAUUGAGGGGGAGUUUAUUGGUUGAUGACAGUAUUCAUGACUUUGGUUGUCUAUGGUGCUAUAUUGAUGAUGAUUGAUGAUUAUAUUCAUUACAUAUUCUUAAUGCCUUAAAGGUUGAUAGCAUGAAUUAAGGGGGAGUUUAUUG